AUGGAUAAAUGGCCAUCAGGUGCUGUAACCGGGUUCCAGGAGAUCCAGGCGUCUUUCUAUCAGCGCUGUAAAGAGCUGAGUCUGUGGGUACUGAGAGUGAUGGCACACAGUCUGGGUCUGGACCCCGAGGUGUUCCUGAGUGCACACCGUUCAAUUGGAACUGAAGAGAAUGACUCCACGCUGCGGUCUCUGUACUACCCAUCAGUAAACAGCGAGAAAGCGAAGCAGGGUCAGCUGCGAUGUGGAGAGCAUUCAGACUACGGCAGCAUCACCCUAUUGUUACAGAGCUCUGUGGGUCUGCAGGUGCCUAACCGUUCAGGUGAAUUCAUCAGUGCUCCCGCUAUCCCCGGAGCGGUCCAUAUUGCUGACCUGAUGCAGCGCUGGACCAGUGAUCAGUAUGUCUCUGUGCUCCACAGAGUGUUGCUCCCCCCUGCUGGAGACUCCACAACACGUCAGUCUGUGGCUUUCUUUUCCCAGCCGGAUGACGACGUUCUGAUCACCUGCUGCAACGGCUCCAACAAAUAUCCUGUUACUACAAGCGCUUAUCUCAACGAGCGCUUCAAUGAGACAUAUGGGCAAAGCUGAAUUUCUCCACGCUCCAAGUUCAUUUACACACAACUGUUUAUCAUAAAUGUGUUGUCACUUUGUCAACAAAGGUCAGGGUGCCUUGCUGAGCUUUAUAGACAUGCCUGUGAAGUCUUUCACACGUUUUAUCAUAGUCACUUUCAUCAGAACGAUGAAGAUGCCUCUUUUGGAUCCCACAAUGUUUUUACAUUUUAAAUUCUGCUUUGAAUAUUAUUGUGCUUUUUAGAUAAUCAAUGAAGCAAUGUGCAGUAUAAAAAGAGACACAAAUCUGAAAUAUGCAAGCUCAUCCACUUUAUUGACUGCAUUCAAACCUUGUACAACAAAUUCAGGAUGUUGGACAGAUUUAACUGCUCUUUGAAAGGAAUGAAAAAAGUAUUGUAUCUUGAUUCCUCAAUUAAACAUAAACUAUGUGUC